AAUGCAAAUUCUAUUCUAUGACGAACAUUUCGGAACUCUGGUCUAAGUCGCGGAUGCGACUCUACGACGGACAACACUCUUUAAAUCGAUGUACUCUAAUAUCCUCUCCAGAACCCAAUACUCGCGUUUGUGUACUGGCCAUGGCUUCCUCUGCUAAAGAAGAUAAGCGAGGUUUUCCUGGUAAAUGUGUUGCUGUGAUUGGAGCUGGUGUUAGGUACGUCAGUGAUCAGAUUGUUGAAUUUCGCCAAUUUCUACGUUAUGUGCGAAAAGUUAUGUGCUCGAUGAACUGGCGGAGUUGUUGUGUAUUUGAGGCGGAAGGGAGAGCCGGAGGAAAAUUAAGAAGUAUUUCACAUGAUGGUUUAAUAUGGGAUGAAGGCGCAAACACUAUGACAGAAAGUGAGGCAGCGGUUCGGUUUUUGCUUGAUAAUCUUGGACUCAGGGAUAAGCAGCAAUUUCCACUGUCGCAACAGAAGCGUUAUAUAGCCAAAAAUGGGGUGCCUGUACUGUUACCAUCAAAUCCCAUUGCACUUAUCAGAAGCAAUUUUCUUUCUGCAGGGUCAAAGCUUCAAAUAUUUCUGGAGCCAUUCUUGUGGAAGAAUAGUGAUAGCUUGAAGGGGCCUGACACAGAAGAAAGUGUUGGUGCUUUCUUCCAGCGUCAUUUUGGAAAAGAGGUUGUUGACUAUCUUAUUGAUCCUUUUGUUGCUGGAACUAGCGGGGGAGAUCCUGAAUCUCUUUCUAUGCGCCAUGUGUUUCCAGAGUUAUGGAGCCUUGAGAAAAGAUUUGGCUCAAUCAUAUCUGGUGCUAUUCAGUCUAAAUUAUCUGCAAAAAAGGGAACCACUGGGGAAUCUUCGGCAAAGAAGAAACAGAACCAUGGCUCCUUUUCAUUUCUGGGUGGGAUGCAGUCGCUCACCAAUGCACUGUGCAAUGAACUUGGCAAAGAUGAACUUAAGCUUCAAUCUAAAGUGCUGGAAUUGUCUUGUAGUUGCAGUGAGAACUCCCCAUUCGAUAACUGGUCAGUUUCUUAUGAAUUGGAUAACAAAAAGCUUUCCUGCGAGAAGUCAUUUGAUGCAUUAAUAGUCACGGCCCCGCUUUCUGAUGUUAAACAAAUGAGGAUUACCAGAAGAGGAAGCCCUUUUCUGUUAGACUUUGUUCCUGAGGUUAGUUAUUUACCAAUGUCUGUUAUCAUUACCACAUUUAAGAAGGAGAGUGUCAAGCGACCACUUGAAGGUUUUGGAGUUCUCAUUCCUUCUAAAGAGCAGAAAAAUGGUUUGAAGACAUUGGGUACCCUCUUCUCUUCGAUGAUGUUUCCAGAUCGUGCACCCAAUGAUGUUUAUCUCUACACAACAUUUGUCGGGGGAAGUAGAAACCCAGAACUUGCCAAAGCUUCAAGGGAUGAAUUGAAGCAAAUAGUGACUUCUGAUUUGAGACAGUUAUUAGGUGCAGAAGGACAACCUGCCUUUCUGAACCACUUUUAUUGGAGUAAAGCAUUUCCACUGUAUGGGCGUAACUAUGAUUCGGUCAUUAGUGCUAUUGACAAGAUAGAAAAAGACCUUCCAGGGUUUUUUUAUGCUGGUAACCACAAGGGAGGAUUAUCUGUUGGUAAAGCAAUAUCAACCGGGUGCCAAGCAGCUGAUCUUGUGAUCUCCUAUCUGGACUCUUGUUCCGACAGUAAAGGGAACACCUAAUGAAGAUUAUCCUCCACGAAAGCUUGUUGUUGCUCGCUUGAUAAAGCAUGCUGCUCUCACUGGGAAAGAUGGGUUGCAAGUUGCUGUGUGAAGGGAGCUCGACAAACCAAAGGGGUGACCACAAGAGAACAUCAACAUGAAAAUGAUGCAAGUCAGAUUACAUCUCAAGUAGAAAUUUAGAAAACUCGCCAAUCUUGUAGUUUAUUUAUAGUGUAAACAAAAGGCCUAAAUUGUUUGUGGAAUCUAGAGCUCCAACAUUGCUAGUCACAAUGACAAGUCAUAAGUUGCGGUGAUCCCUUGUUUUGGUCUUUUUGGCUGCAAGCUUUUGUCACCAUUAGCUCUCAGAAAUGGUCCCUGACCCUCCAAAGGCUUGAGCCUGAGCUGUUAUUUGUUCCUACUUUGGAGCUUCAUGUGGUGCAGUAGAAUCCUUUCACAGUUUUCGGAAAAGUUACACGACAUUCUCAUA